UAUAUAAAGGAAAAGAGUUCUUCUUUCUUCUCAACUCAACUCAUUUUUCUUUCUUCUUCACAAACCAAAAAAACCAAAACAUAGUAACUAAGAUGGAUUGGGUACGAGGAGAAUCAGUUGGUAGAGGAAGCUUUGCGACUGUUAAUCUAGUCUUACCCAAAGGAAGUUCAAAUUCCACUCUAUUUCCUUCUCCGACAGCAGUUAAAACCUCCGAGGUUUCAACCUCGUAUUCUCUCAAAAACGAGAGACAUGUUCUCGAUCGUUUAGGUUCUUGUCAACAAAUCAUUCGUUGUUUCGGAGAUGAUUACACCUUCGAGAAUGGCAAAAAGUAUUACAACUUAUUUCUCGAGUAUGCUUCCGCCGGUACUCUCGCCGAUCAAGUUAAAUUCCACGGUGGCCGGAUUCCGGAACAGAAUAUUCGCGGUUACACCAGGUCAAUUGUUGAAGGUCUUCACCAUAUUCAUAGCAAUGGAUUCGUUCACUGUGACAUAAAGCUUCAAAACAUUCUUGUAUUCCAUGAUGGUGAAAUCAAAAUCGCUGAUUUUGGUCUUGCGAAAAAAUCAGGGGAGGAACAGAGUAGGUUCGAAUGCAGGGGAACUCCACUUUUUAUGUCGCCGGAAUCAGUUAACCACGGGGAGCAUGAGUCGCCGGCGGAUGUUUGGGCACUUGGAUGUGCGGUGGUGGAGAUGGUGACAGGAAAACCAGUUUGGAAUUUGGAGAAAGAUUCAUCUAUGUGGUCGUUGAUGCUUCAAAUUGGUGCAGGAGAAGAAUCACCGAUGAUACCAGAAGAUUUAUCAAAGGAAGGAAAAGAUUUUGUAGAGAAAUGUUUAGUUAAGGAUCCAAGAAAGAGAUGGACGGCUGAGAUGCUUUUGAAUCAUCCUUUCAUUGAAGAAGUGAAGAAUGUUAAUGAAGCAUCACCAAGAAAUCACUUUGAUUUCAAUGAUUGGGUUUCUAGUGUUAGUGAUUCGACUCCAAGUUCGCCGGAAUCUGAAGAGUCGUGUCAAUGGAAUUAUGAUUCUUGUUCUUUUUCCGGCGGGGAUCGGCUCCGACAGCUUGUGACGGUUGAAGUCCCGGUGAGUUGGUCGGAAACAGAUAGUUGGAUUAAUGUUAGGUGAAAUUGGAUGUUUUUUAGGUAGAGAUGAAAGAGAGUAAUUAGAGGAGUAGAUGACGGCACAUAGUAAUUAAUUUGAUUCUUUCUGAUUAGAUUUCUUCGAUUAUUCAAAAUUGGAAUGUAAAUUGGGUAGGAUUAGAUUCUUGAUUUUCUCAAGUUGGAAGAGUUUUAACUGGAGACGCUUGUGUCCAUUUUGUACAGAGGCUUGAUUUUGCAGUACCAUAAUAUAUUUUUUCCUUUUCUUA